ACGACUCUCUAAUGCUUUGCAAUGAGAAGCCAACUAAGAAGUUAACUGGGAGGAAUACGCGAAAAAAACAACUAAUUUCAUGAAUGCGGUUGUUUUUUUAUUUAAAUGAUGACAGCUAUCAGAGACGGAGAGUACACGGCUACAAUCUAUGGACUGAUCACAGACGGUCAGUAUGUUGAAGCAAUUCACAUCCUGAACGGCCAACUUCAGAAACACACUAAGUCCAGGGCGGCUCUGUCACUGCUGGGUUACUGCUACUAUCACAUCCAGGACUUUGCCAAUGCUGCAGAGUGUUAUGAGCAGCUCACCCAGCUGCACCCCGAGGUGGAGGAGUACAAGGUUUACUACGCCCAGUCCCUAUACAAAGCCGGGGCUUAUUCUGAAGCCAGCAAAGCCUCUUUAGCACUCGACAACCCCAGCAGUCACACCAAGAUGGUCAAGCUGCAAACCUGCAUCAAAUACUGUGAGGAAGAUUACUCCACUGUCAAGUCGCUGUUGGAGCAACUGCCUCAGGAAGACCCUGACUACGUCUACAGUUUGGGCUGUUUGCUUUACCAGGAGGGCAAGUACGAGGAGGCCUGCAAAAGGUUCACAGCUGCCAUGCAAGUGCUGGGAUACAAGCCAGCGUUGUCCUACAACAUUGCCCUGACGUACUACAGCCUGAAGAACUACCCUCAAGCCCUCAAAUACGUCAGAGAGAUCAUGGAACGAGGAAGAAAGGACCAUCCAGAGUUUUUUGCUGGGAUGAAAACAGAAAUCACUGAUGUCCAGAGCGUGGGCAACACACUGGCACUGCAGCAGUCUGCCCUGAUAGAAGCCUUCAACCUGAAAGCAGCCAUCGAGUACCAGCUGAAGGAUAUGAAAACAGCUCAGGAGACUUUGAAAGACAUGCCCCCAAGGUCAGACGAGGAGCUGGACCCAGUGACGCUGCACAAUCAGGCUCUAAUGAACAUGGACACAAAGCCGUCAGAAGGUUUUGAGAAGCUGGCCUUCCUCCUACAGCUGCCUUCUUUUCCUCCUGUGAGCUUUGCAAACCUGCUGCUGCUGUAUAGCAAACACGAGUAUUUCGAUCUGGCAGCUGACGUCCUGGCAGAAAAUGCCCAUCUCACCUACAAGUUCCUCUCCCCAUACAAUUACGAGUUUCUUGAUGCCCUGCUGACGUCCCAGACAGCACCAGAGGAGGCAUUCAGGAAGUUGGAUGAGAUGAACACCAAAUUGACAGAGCAGCUCCGCAAACUGGCAAAACAGGUUCAGGAUGCCAAGCUUUCUCGAGAUGAUGAGGCGCUGAAGAAAGUUCUGCAGGAGUACGACCUGGUCCAGGAGAAGUACAUUGUGGUGGUCAUGGCUCAGGCCAAGAUCUACUGGAAUCGUGAAAACUUCCAGAUGGUGCAGAAGAUUUUUUUCAAGUCGGCAGAGUUCUGCAGUGAAGAGGACACGUGGAAGCUCAACGUGGCUCACGUUCUCUUCAUGCAAAACAAAUACAAGGAGGCCAUCGGCUUCUACGAGCCCAUCGUAAAGAAGCACUACAAUAAUAUCCUGGACGUGAGCGCCGUCGUCCUGGCCAACCUCUGUGUAUCCUACAUCAUGACCAGCCAGAACGAGGAGGCUGAAGAACUGAUGAGGAAGAUCGAGAAAGAGGAGGAGCAGGUCUCCUAUGACAACCCAGACAAAAAGGUGUUCCACCUUUGCAUCGUCAACCUGGUCAUCGGGACGCUGUACUGUGCCAAGGGCAACUACGACUUUGGCAUCUCUCGAGUUAUCAAAAGCCUGGAGCCUUAUAAUAAGAAGCUGGGGACGGACACGUGGUUCUACGCCAAGCGCUGUUUCCUCUCCUUGCUGGAGAACAUGUCCAAACACAUGGUCGUUCUGCGCGAUGCCGUGGUUCAGGAGUGUAUUCAGUUCCUGGAGCACUGUGAGGUGUAUGGGAAGGAGGUGCCAGCGAUCAUCGUGCAGCCUCUGGAGGAGAUCAAUAUUCACCCAGGCAAAAACACUGUGACUUAUGAGGCCCGGCUGCUCAAGAGCCUCUUCUACGAGGUCACCGGGUGGAACAAGUGACAUCAUCACUCAGGUCCCAGCUCAACAAAACCUGUUUCUUUGUCAGCACAAACUCGAAAAGUGUUUUCAGUAAACGGAGCAGACUUUAUACUAGUAGUUCUCUUUAUUCUGUUCACAUAACUUUACAUAUAAACAGUUCACGUGAGUUCAUCUGUGUUCAGCUAUAGGUCAUGCAGUUCCUACGGUUGCCUUAAUGUUUCAGAUCAGUUUUUAUAGCUAAUUAAAUGUUAUGAUA